AUGUCUGAGGAUACUAGGAUAAUUAAUGCCAUCUCAGGGAAAACCAUAUCUACUAAUAUUAGGUACUUUACUUCAUAUAACAACUUAAAGGAUUUCAUUCAUAUAAAAUGGGGUAUACCAACAGAAGAAAUUUUGAUCUUACUCCCCUAUGGUACAAAAUUAAAACAAUCAACUUUAGAAAGUUAUUUAUCCUUCGAUAAUUCAGAGUUACAAACAUUAUAUCAGAAUAAUAAUAAUAAUAAUAAUAAUAUAGUAAGCUCAAUAUUCUUGCAAAAAGAAUUUUAUGUUUAUGAUCGGCGCUUAUUUUCUUUGGUCAAUAAACCAAAUUUGAUAUCUAAUGAAAAAGGGAAGUAUACACAGACUUCUUCUUUAUCUUUUUCUUCUGAGAAAGAAGAAUUAAUAUUAAAUGCUAGACAAAUAGUGAAAAGUGUAGUGUUUGAAAAUAUUUUGUCAACUGAAUUAGCUCUCAUUAGACCAGUACCCUCCCCUUUGAUGGAAACAAAUUUUAAGGGGCUAGACUCCAAAUCAUAUCAUAAUAUAAUUACUACAUUAGUGACUAAUAUUGGAUGGUUAAGUGCAUUGGAGAUUGAUGUCCAUUAUUUAGAACAACUAAUCAAGGAUAUAUCUAAAGAUAUAGUAUCCAUUAUUCAAUGCUUGUUUAUGGCAGAUCAAUAUUUGAAAAAAUAUACUUUUGAUGUAGAGGAAUUAUAUAAUUCUAACGUAUCAUUUUUAGGUCAAUUAUCUGGGGUGAAAAAUGAUUCCAAAUGGGUUCAUUAUUAUGAUAAUAUCUUAAAUAACCUAAAUGGAUUAAAUGAUGAACCUUUACAACAUUAUAUUAACAAGAUAAAACUUGAUAAUGAUUUUGAAACAAUAAAAGAACUAGAUACAAAAAUAAAUUCAGAUUUAAUUAACAUCAAGAAUGACAUGGAUGUAAACUUCCAACAAAGAAAUUUUAUCUUAGAAAAUAUACAAAAUGCAAAUGUUAAUUUCAGACCUAAAAACGAUAAGUAUGAACUUGAAGAUGAAAUGCUUUUAAAAUUCAAUGAAUUAAUGGAUGAAAUCAAGUCAGAUAGUAGAUCUAUUUUGAACAAAAAAUCAGAAGAGUUUAAUGUUGGAGAUAUAGAGACUAUGGUGAGCAAUACAAUCGAAUCCAAUCAUAAAUCAACUGUGAGUAAAUUAUACACUAUUUCUCAGGCUUUGUAUACUAAAGUUGAAGAUUUUCUUUCUUUGAAACGUUCAUUACAAGAACAAACGGUUAUAAUUUUAGGACAAGUAUCAUAUUGUCAGAUUGAAACAUUAAAGAUGAAGAAAAUUCUUGUGAAUAGUUGCAACAUGAAUUUGAAAACUUAUCAGAACACAAUAAAACAAUUCACUCAAGUAGAAGAUUUCCCUAUAAUAUAUGGCUUAUACAUUAUAGAAUUAUACCGUAGAAAUUUAUGGCUUUUAAGAACAUUAAAUGAUAUAAAGUCUUUUACCCAUGGAUUCUCAGUCACGACUGAUAAAGAAAGAAGCACAAGAAAUGAUUGGGCAAGUAUGUACGGAUUAGUGGCAUCCUUAUUUACAGACAAUGAUACAGGCACUUGUGAUCUUGAUCGUCUGAAGGAAAUGAUACUAAGUGCCAAAUUUCUUUCAGAAAUAGAAAAUGUUAUAAUACCCAAAUGUCAGGAUGAAACGAAACAUUUGUUUAAUACAAUAAACAAGUAUCUACAAAACUUAACGGAAGUAGAUAUUAUAACUGAUGUACACAUUCUUUUAAAAAAUAAAUUGAAAGAAAUUAAUUCCAUAAAUGCAUCGUUAUGUGACAGUACAGCUGAAAAUUUUAAAAAUCCUGACGAAAGAAUCAAAUACUAUAGAAAUCGUGUCAUUAAAUUAGAAUCUAUUCUUCAUGAUACAUAUAUUAAUAACAGUCAACGAUGGCCGACAGGAAUUUUAUCGUCACCUUUUUGCACGUAUGGAAUUCAAAAUACAGAAUUAUCAUCAACGUCAAUCAAUGAGCUACCUAUCGUGUUGCCUACAGAUCCUGAAAGUAAAGAAAACAUACUCUCUGCAUCAAAAGAAGAAUUAAAUAGGCUUACUAGAAUUGAAGAAGACCAAAGAAAGGAGAUAAAUAAACAGAACUCACGAGUAAGUGAUUUACAAUUGGAAAAUAGUGCAUGCAGAGAAACACUUCACCAUCUCAACAAAGAACUCUUAAGGUUGACAACAUUACAAGAAGAGUCCGAGAAUGCUAAUGUUGAUAGGGCUUUAGAGUACAAAACGAGCUUAGAGAAAUUGAUUGAUCAAAAUGUCGAAUAUGCUAAUAAAGUAAAUAGAUUAGAAGAGGAAUCAGCACGUUUUAAAAAAGAACACGAAGAAACGACUAAGAAACAAACUAUGAAAUCAGAAGAAUGGGAUCUAGAACGUCUACAGUUACAAAGAAAAAUAGAUGAUUUGAAGAAUGGGAAAAAUGAAAUAGAAAAAGGUUUUGAACAAGAAUAUUUGGAUACAAAUACUUCCAAUGUAUCUGUACAAACUUCUAAUUAUGAAAUAAAUUCAAGUAUUCAACCAGAUACUGAAGAAACGAAAAAUAAAUCCUUCAACAUUGAAUUACAAUUACAAAACAAGAAUUUACAAAAUAUGAUUUUUCGAAUGUUCCAAAGAAACAUCUAUAUUUUGGAAAAUAUUGGAUUACUACUUGUACCAAAGAAUCAAGAUAUUGACGAUAAAUAUGAUACAACUGCAAUUAUGAGUAUAUCUAGUGAAAACCUUUCUAUUAAAAGAGUUAAGGGACUAAAGAAGAGUAUGGAAAAAAGCUCAGUACAUCAAAAUUCUUCAAAGAUAGAAGCCUCUAAUACUGCUCUCCCAGGUAAAGUUAUUCAAAGUUCCGUUUAUCAUACGAUCGAUAAAUUAUAUCAUAAUAUAGACAGUAAGAAGAAUUUAAUGGUCGAAGAAAAAAUGCUUCAUUACAUUAAACAAAUAUACGACAGUGGUUUAUAUGAGAAUUCUGUAAUUAGAAGAUUUAAUGACAUAGAGUUAUUAGCAAAGAAAAUGACUAAGGAAGUAAAGUCAAAGAAGAGCUUAAUAGAUAGAUAUCAAGCUGAAAAAAUAACCGUAAAAGAUUUCCAACUAGGAGAUACUGCAUUAUUCUUACCAACUAGUGAUAAUCACCCUUUAGCUAAUGGAUAUUCUAUAUCUUCUCUAAAUUCUUCGUUUUCUUCAAUUGACAUAUCGACACCUCCUCCUGUUAGAAAUAGUGAUGAUAGAACAAAUGUACUAACUCUAGCAAAGAUACCAGAUGAGAGUAAAACAUUGCAACCUUGGGCGGCAUUUACAGCAUUUGAGAAAGACAUAAAAUACUUUUAUUGUAACAAAGAUCAUCCACCAAAUUUACGUAACGAGGAAUGGUUUAUUGGUAAAAUUACUGAUAUGGAAAAGAAUAUAGUUACCGAUGACUCGUUCAAUAACCCUAAAACAAACCCUUAUAAGUUAUCAAUAGGAAUCAUCUGGUAUCAAGUGAAAGCGCAAAUUAUUUUACAUCCUACUGUAGAUUAA